UGUGUGGCCAGAAAGGAAAUCUACUCUCGUAUAUUCAACUAUUAAAAUAUUUAACAUUUCUGAGCUGGGGCUUUACUAAAACCUGGGCCAGCCAUGGCAAUACCGUCUACAAAGCUUCUUGUGUUUCUGUCUCUCAUUUGGAGCAAACCUGGCUCAGCUGCUGCUCUGAAUAACUGUGUUUUCUUGGUUGAAGAGGAGAAAAACAGUCUGUAUGAAGAUGGAGAUGUAGUUAUAGGGGGUUUAUUCCCUCUACACUACAGCCUUGUGUCUUCUCUUCCAACAUACAAAACUAAACCAACACCUUAUAUCUAUAAAUAUUUCAGCUCUCGUGCCUUGCGCUGGAUGCAGACCAUGACUUUUGCAAUCGGAGAGAUCAACCAGCGCAGUGACCUCCUGCCACAGCUCAAGCUGGGUUUCCACAUUCGUGACAGCUGUGAUGACAUACCGGUAUCUCUGAGAGCAUCUUUGCUGUUGGUGAACGGCCAGCCAGAGAGAGACUCCAGAGGUCCAGAAAGUGAUUCAAAUUUAGGUUGUGCUGCUGUACAAAGGACUGUCUCCCCAGUAAUCAUAGGAGGUGCUGCCUCUGGGGUGUCUAUGGCUCUGCAAAGAAGCCUGGGUUCUUUCCAUAUCCCCCUGGUGAGCUAUUUCGCAUCCUGCAGCUGUCUGAGUAACCAAAGGGAGUUCCCCACAUUCAUGCGCACCAUGCCCAGUGAUGCCUUCCAGAUAAAAGCCCUGGCCCAGCUGGUUAGCUAUUUUGGCUGGACCUGGGUGGGAGUCAUUGGGGUGGAAUCUGAUUAUGCUCGCUUUGCCAUCCAACUCUUCCUGGAGGAGUCAGUGCAGUAUGGUGUGUGUGCUGCCUACAUUCAUGUCUACCCUGUACUUCUGAGUCAACAGGCUCUAGAUGAGCUUCUGGAUGUAAUUCAGAUGGCAUCCUCAAAGGUUAUCAUUAACUUCUGUCUUGAGUCAGAGAUGAAUGUUAUUCUGAGAGAGAUCCAACGUCGGAAUAUAACCGGUCUUCAGUGGAUCGCCAGUGAGGCUUGGGCCACUGCCAAAUCACUCUGGGAAAAGUUUGGAGAUCUCCUGACAGGAACACUGGGAUUUGCCAUCCAAAGAGCUGAUGUGAUUCCAGGCCUUCAACAACACCUCACUAAUCUCAGACCAUCCAAUAUUCAUGAAUCAGCUUUCUUGGCAGAAUUUUGGGAAGAGACGUUUAACUGUCGACUGAAUGGGUCAGUGAACAGCCUGUCUCACGGAGAUAACAACUACAUCGACAGAUUGCCAUGCAAAGGGACAGAGGACUUAAGUGAUAUUUACUCUCCUUAUUCUGAUGUGACACAGCUAAGAGUGUCUUAUAAUGUCUACAAAGCAGUGUAUCUGGUGGCCCAUGCAUUGCAUGAUAUGGCUAACUGCAGUGUCAGAAAGGGGCCUUUCCUUAAUGGCACCUGUGCAGACCUAAAGAAUUUUAAAUCUUGGCAGCUAAUGUAUUACAUGAAACGUGCUAAUUUUUCUGCACUCGGGGAGAAAGUCAGCUUCGAUCAAAACGGUGACCCCAUUGCUUAUUAUGAUCUCUUGAACUGGCAAAGGAGGCCUGACGGCUCACUACAUUUGGAAAAAGUAGGUUUCUAUGAUGCCUCAUCGCCUGCUGGACGCAGCCUGGUCAUAAAUGACUCAGUGAUUCAGUGGCCUGUUGGGAAGCAGGCUUCCCGGUCUGUAUGCAGCGAAAGUUGUCCUCCAGGUUUUCGCAUCGCCAGGAGAAAAGGGGAACCCAUCUGCUGUUUCGACUGUGUCCCCUGUGCUGAGGGAGAAGUUAGUAAUAAGACUGAUUCUUUAGAAUGCUCCCGCUGCUCGAAGGACACAUGGCCCAAUAAAGCCAGAGAUCUCUGCACCCCAAAGACUAUUGAGUUCCUGUCUUACCAUGAGUUAAUGGGUAUUGUGCUGUGUGUUGUAUCCAUCCUUGGAGCUUGUAUUUCCCUCUCCAUUCUCGCCAUAUUCUUUACAUGCAAAGACACUCCACUGGUUCGGGCCAACAACAUGGAAUUGAGCUUCCUUCUCUUGGUUUUUCUUGCUGUCUGUUUUCUUGUCGGCCUGUUGUUCAUUGGUGAGCCUUCAGACUGGCUUUGCCGCAUCAGGUACCCAGCAUUUGGCAUCAGUUUUUCCCUUUGCAUUUCAUGCCUCCUGGCCAAGACAGCUGUGGUCCUGAUGGCCUUUAGGUCCACACUGCCAGGAAGUAAUGUCAUGAAGUGGUUUGGACCCAACCAGCAGAGAGCUAGUGCACUUUUAGGAACAGCUGUCCAGGUAAUAAUCUGUCUUGUCUGGCUGCUCACCAGUCCACCUCAUGCCAACAACAACACAGAUUACCACAGUGCUACCAUCAUCAUUGAGUGUGCUACUGGUUCAGCGGUUGGCUUCUGGUGUGUUCUUGGAUACAUCGGCAUCCUGGCUUGCACAUGCUUCCUAAUGGCAUUUUUGGCUCGGAAGUUGCCAGAUAAUUUCAACGAGGCAAAGUUCAUCACAUUCAGCAUGCUGAUAUUCUUUGCAGUAUGGAUUACUUUUAUCCCAGUUUAUGUGAGCUCAGCUGGGAAAUACACAGUGGCUGUCCAUAUUUUUGCUAUUUUAGCAUCAGCUUUUGGUCUCCUUUUUUGCAUUUUUGCUCCAAAGUGCUAUAUCAUAAUUCUGAAACCAGAAAAAAACAGUAAAAAAAACAUGAUGCAAAAAUGAAAAUGACAGUACAUUACAUGUCUUGAUAAAGAAUGUACAUGGAAGCCAUUUAAUUAAAUAUCUUGUUGAGUUGUCAUAUUAAAGAUUCAUGCUGAAAAUGCAACAA